UCAACAAGGUCCCUGUCGCCGGUUUGCAGUUAGUUUUCUGUGAUUAGUGAAGGCGACAGAAAUGUCCGGCAGCGAGGACUGUAGGAAGCGGUUUAUCAUCACCACCGCGCAGAACUACUUUGGGCAGCCCUUGGGUGAGGGGCUCACUUCUUGCCAGGAGCUCGACCGAUUCCUGGAUGAUGGGAACGUGUUUAUUCUGAGCGGCCGGAGGUCCGGGGCCCAGAUUAUAUUUUCCAACAAGAUUGAUACCAGUGACAAAAACGAUAAAGUGCUUGUGUUUUUUAAAAUCCGACCGGAUGUCAUUACGGAAGACAAUCUUCAUGAUAACAUUCUGGUAUCAUCCAUGCUGGAUUCCCCCAUAAAUACACUUUACCAGGCAGUACGACAAAUCUAUGCUCCAGUGUUAUUAAAGGAUGAAAAAUGGAGCAGAGAUUUUGACCCUAAACUGCAGGCUUUGCUUAGUGACUUGGAAGCAGGCUUGGGAAGUAUUUUAAGAAAAACCUUCUCGCAACCAGGAAGCACUAAAACUGGAGAUGACAAAGAUUUACAAGGUAUUUUAACUCCAAAUGAUGAAUUUCAAUUUUGGGCAGAGGUUGCGGAACAUAAGGCUAAAUCCUCUAACAAAGAAAGAGCAAAUCAUUUCAGAAACCUGUUUCAAGCGAUUGCAAACUAUUACAGUAGUUUGGAUAACCUUUCCUUAUCUGAACUUGUGGAGCUUGUUGAUACUACAAAAGAAACUUUGGAUGACGUUUGGAGACAAACGGACUAUGAUCCAUAUCCUGAAAAUCGAAUGAAGCAUUUAUUAGACAUCAUAGGUAACUCAUUAAGUAGGUGUGUUCAGCAGAACCUUGGAAGGUUGAAUCUUUGGGAGGAUCCUUUUCACAUAGUAAAAGAGAAGCUAAAGGCAGGCAUGACUGUUUGCGAGCAGUGGGCAGCUGCAUGUGACCACCUGACUGGGCAUAUUUGGCGUCGUUAUACUCCUCACCCAUGGAAAAAUGACCAGUUUUCUUCCAGUUCUCUUAAUAAUCUAGGAAAACGUCUGGAGGAGGUGUUGGCCAUAAGGAUGAUCUAUGAAAAGCUUCUCUAUUUUCUACCCUCUGGUGAAGAUCAGUCACAUAGCCAAAAGAAGUUGUUUGAACCUUUCAGUGGUUUAAAUCCUGUUCACUACAAUCCUUACACAGAGCCUUUAUGGAGAGCUGCAGUUUCACAGUAUGAACGAAUCAUUGAACCAGCUGAACAAAAAAUUGCAAUUAAACUUAAAACCUACUUCUCAGAAAUACAGGAGAGUCCACAACAGCUCCUGCAAGCUUUCCAAAAACACAGAGAGUUAAUUAAGCGACCAAAUAUUAAAAGUCAACUUAUUCUAGAGAGAGAAACUUUGCUGUCACGGCUUGUAGACGGCAUCAAAGAUGUACAGUCAGACUUUGAAAUGCGUUGCCAUGGGUCUCCAGGUGACACUUCCGGUCCACUGUCAGGCAAGAAUCUUCCAGAGGUUGUGAACAAUAUUGUUUGGGUACAGCAACUACAUUUAAAGGUAGAAGACACAAUCAAAAUAGCAGAAGCUCUCCUUUCUGACCUUUCAGGGUUUCAGCCCUUUCAUCGAAGUGCAGAAGGCCUCCUUGAACAAUUCAAAGUAUAUGAGCAAGAGCAAUUUGACGAUUGGUCAAGGGAAAUUCAGGCUGGAUUGUUUGAUUCAAAAUCAGGUUUUUGCAUACAACCAAACAGUAACGUAAUGGAAUUAGACCAUGUCAGUGGCGCUCUAAAAAUUCACUAUUCUGACCGCCUUGUGACUCUUCUGCGAGAAGUGCGUCAACUCUCUGCUCUUGGAUUUGUUAUUCCUGCUAAAAUUCAACAAGCUACAAAAAUGGCACACAAAUUCUAUAAACAAGCAAUUAUUCUGAAACAGGUUGCACAUUUUUACAAUACUAUUGACCAGCAAAUGAUACAGUGUCAACGGCCAAUGAUGUUAAAGUCUGCUCUAACUUUUGAACAAAUAAUCAAGAAUUCCAGAGCUACCUCACACGAAUCAGGAACUAAAAUGCAAAUAACAUGGGACAGUCCAAAAGAACUGGAAAAUUAUAUUGAGAAGCUUCAAAGUGCAGCUGAGAAACUGGCUACUGAAAACCGCAAACUCCGAAAGAAACAUGUUGACUUUUGUGACAAGGUUGUUGCACUAAUGAAUGUGGACUUGCUUCGGCAACAGCAGAAAUGGAAGGAUGCCCUUCUGGAAAUCCGAGGAGUUUUCUCUGAUCUUGAGUAUCAGGGAUUUCGUUCUACUGAUAUGAAAGCUUGGAGACAGCACUGGAAUCACCAGAUGUACAAAGCUUUAGAGCAUCAGUAUCAAAUGGGCUUAGAAGCACUUAAUGAAAAUCUACCAGAAAUAAACAUUGAUUUAACAUUUAGUAAAGGGAGAUUACAGUUUAAACCACCAUUUGAAGAAAUUCGUGCCAAGUAUUACAGGGAGAUGAAGAGGUUUAUUUCAAUUCCAAACCAGUUUAAGGGACUGAGUGAGCCUGGAGAAGAACCAAUCUUUUCUGUCAUGUCUGAGAGGAAUGCAAAUGGAUUUAUAACAGUGUUCAGCAAAGCAGAGGAUCUGUUCAGAAGGUUAUUUGCUGUCAUGGAUCGAUUUAAGGAAUGGGUUGUGUUUGGCCAAGUUGACAUAGAUGCUCUAAUAGACAAAUAUCUAUGCAAUGUUCACGACUGGGAAAAAAAUUUGAAAGCUUUGAAAAUACGCGGAAAAGAAGCAGAACGCCUUCCAAGCGUUAUCAAGGUUGAUUGCAUGACAAUUAAUUGCAGUCCUGUGAAGUCUGUUAUCGAUGACCUUAUUCAGAAACUAUUUGAUUCGCUUCUGAUAUCCUUAAAGAAAUCUAUUCAAGCGCACUUGUUUGAAAUUGAUACAUUUGUGACAGAGGGAAUGGAAAUGCUUUCUAGCCGCCCCCAAACUGUCGAAGAAAUUGGUGAAGCUAACAUGAAACAUGAAAAACUGAAAAUCAGAAGGCCAGAGAUUAUGCCAUUAUUUAAAGAAGCUGAAGAUAAGAACAGGCUGCUUCGAUCAGUCGCUGGAGGUGGUUUAGAUACUAUUAGCAAUCUGCGGGCAAAGUGGGAUAAAUUUGAAUUAAUGAUGGAAAGCCAUCAACUCAUGGUGAAAGAACAGGUUGAAAUAAUGAAAGAAAAUGUAAAGUCCAGAGUGGACGUAUAUUCUAUGGAAAUUGAAAAAUUUAAAGCCCGCUGGGAUCAAUUUAAGCCAAAUGAUGACAUUAUUGAAACCGGCCAAGAAGACAUGCUAGAAAAAAGUGCCCAGUCAAUAAAAGAGAAGAAAGCUGAGUUUGAUGAACUUGAAUUUACAAAGAAAAAAUUAAUUGAGGAUUGUAUGCACUUCGGUUUAGAAGCUCCAGAUUUCUUCCUCGCUGAUGAGAUUAGAAUAGAUAUUGAGGGCUAUACAAAAACAUGGUCAUUGUAUGAAGAAUUCUAUCAAGGUUUUAAUGAGAAAGCAGGAGAAGACUGGAUUUCUUUCAGGAGUAAGUGUUAUGGGUUUGAAGAAUUUCUGUUAACGUGGCAUGAAAAACUAAGAAAACUAGAAGAGCAUACAACAAUGUCUGUAAAAAUACAAAAAGAAAUAGAUAAAUACAAGACGGUGAUUCCUCUUCUCAAGUAUGUACGGGGAGAGCACUUAUCUCAGGACCAUUGGCUAGACCUUUUUAGACUUCUUGGGCUUCCUAAAGGAACAACUUUAGAAAAGCUGUUGUUUGGAGAUCUUCUCAGAGUUGCUGAUGUAAUAAUAUUAAAAGCGUCAGAACUAAAAGACCUAAACAGUCGUGCUCAAGGUGAAAUUACCAUUCGGGAAGCUCUGAGAGAGCUUGAUCUUUGGGGAGCAGGAGCUGUGUUUACAUUAACAGAUUAUGAAGACAGUCAUGCGCGAACAAUUAAGCUGAUUAAAGACUGGAAAGAUCUUGUCAAUCAAGUUGGAGACAACCGUUGUCUAUUGCAGUCUCUGAAAGACUCUCCUUACUACAAAGGUUUUGAAGAUAAGGUGUCUACUUGGGAGAAAAAACUUGCAGAGUUGGAUGAAUAUCUUCAAAACUUAAACCAGAUACAAAGAAAAUGGGUGUAUUUAGAGCCCAUAUUUGGCCGCGGUGCUCUUCCUAAAGAACAAGGCAGAUUUAGCAGAGUAGAUGAAGAAUUCAGAUCAAUAAUGUCAGAUAUUAAGCGAGAUAACAGGGUAACAUUAUUAACUUCACGUAUUGGGAUAAGAAACGCUUUGAUUACCAUCCUUGAUCAGCUUCAAAGGUGCCAGAAAUCUUUGAAUGAAUUUUUGGAGGAGAAACGGUCUGCCUUUCCCAGAUUUUAUUUCAUCGGAGAUGAUGAUCUCUUGGAAAUACUUGGACAAUCCACAAACCCAACAGUAAUUCAAUCUCACCUCAAGAAACUUUUUGCUGGAGUGCACAGUGUUAGUUUUGAUGCUGACUUCAAGCACAUAAUCGCAAUGAAAUCUCUGGAGGGUGAGGUGGUUCCACUGAAGGAGAAAGUCCUUGUUUCUGCUGAUGUUGAGGUAUGGUUAAGCAAUUUAGCCACACAGAUGAAAUCAACUCUACAGAUGUUGUUGGCAGAAUGUGUUACAGCUGGAAAACAGUCUCAGGGUACAAUUGACCCAUCUCGCUUUCCUUCUCAAAUUCUAUGUUUAGCUGAACAUAUUCAGUUCACUGAAGAUGUUGAAAAUUCCAUUCGUAAUCGUAGUCUUCAUCAGCUAGAACUGGAACUUCAAGCUAAAUUAGACGAUUACACCAGCAUUGAUACCACGACAGAUGAUACAGCAGGUUUAGAUUCGGGGAUCCUUGAACUAAAGCUGAAAGCACUUAUUCUUGAUAUUAUUCAUAACAUUGAUGUAGUAAAACGAUUAAAUCAAGUUCAGGUUAAUAGCGCUGAAGACUGGGCAUGGAAGAAACAACUCAGAUUCUAUAUGAAGUCUGAUAAAAAAUGUUAUGUACAGAUGGUUGAUGCUGAGCUACAGUAUACAUAUGAAUAUCAGGGUAAUGCUCCCAAAUUAGUUUACACUCCGUUGACUGACAAAUGCUACCUCACACUAACUCAAGCUAUGAAAAUGGGCCUUGGAGGAAAUCCAUAUGGCCCAGCUGGAACUGGUAAAACUGAAUCGGUAAAAGCCUUGGGUGGACUUCUUGGAAGACAAGUUUUGGUUUUCAAUUGUGAUGAGUCAUUUUCUUUGUCAAUGGAGAAUGUGCGAAGACGGUGUCCGAAGAUAUUUAAUCCUUUUAUGGUAAAUGAAAGCCAUAUUGUGGUGCAAGCCCUGCGGCUAAAUACGAUGUCAAAGCUUACAUUUGCAGACUGUUCCCGCUGUGAUGCCCUAAUUAAGGAUGUCUUUCCUGGAGUUGACUUUAAGGAUGUUGAAUACAUGGAGUUAAAUGCAGCUUUGGAGCAGGUUUUUGAAGAAGCAAAUUUAGAAAUGAUUCCAAGUCAGAUCAAGAAAGCACUAGAGCUAUAUGAGCAGUUGCGCCAGAGAAUGGGGGUAGUUAUUGUUGGCCCGAGUGGUGCAGGAAAAUCAACUCUGUGGCGCAUGCUGCGAGCUGCACUUAGUAAAAUUGGCAAAGUUGUAAAACAAUAUACUAUGAAUCCUAAAGCAAUGCCAAGACAUCAGUUACUUGGCCAUAUAGAUAUGGACACAAGGGAAUGGUCAGAUGGUGUUCUCACUAAUAGCGCAAGACAAGUAGUGAAGGAGCCACAAGAAAUCAGCUCAUGGAUAAUUUGUGAUGGUGAUAUUGAUCCAGAGUGGAUUGAAUCUUUAAACUCUGUACUUGAUGACAAUCGCCUUCUCACUAUGCCCAGUGGAGAAAGAAUACAAUUUGGCCCCAAUGUAAAUUUUUUGUUUGAAACUCAUGACCUGAGCAGUGCUUCUCCAGCAACUAUAUCACGAAUGGGAAUGAUUUUCUUAAGUGAUGAGAACACAGACAUUAAUUCUUUGAUACGAUCAUGGCUUCGAGGUCAACCUGAAAACUACAGACAUAAUUUAGAAAACUGGAUUGGAGACUAUUUUGAAAAGGCAUUAAGCUGGGUUUUAAAGCAGAAUGACUUUGUGGUAGAAACCAGCCUUAUUGGAACAGUGCUGAAUGGAUUGUCUCACCUUCAUAGUUGUGCUGACCGGAGUCAGUUCAUUAUAAGUCUGAUUCGUGGGCUUGGAGGAAAUCUUAACAUGAAAUCAAGAAAUGAAUUUGCAAAAGAGGUUUUCAGCUGGUCACGGGAAUCUCCAUCUGACCCUCGCAAGCCAUUGGAAACUUACUAUGAUCCUAAAACAGGAAGCUUAUUAUCUUAUAAUCUUGAAAAACCUGAAAAUUUAACAAUUGGAGACUUUGGCAACUUGCAAACUCUUCCAGUUAUACGAACUCCUGAUAUUCAGAAAGGCCUGGAUUAUUUCAAACCUUGGCUUAGAUCAGACACUAAACAGCCAUUUAUAAUAGUUGGACCAGAGGGCUGUGGGAAGGGAAUGCUCCUUCGUUAUGCAUUUUCCCAGCUCCGAUCUACUCACAUUGCUACAGUACAUUGUAGUGCACAGACAUCUCCACGUCAUAUCUUGCAAAAACUUACACAAACUUGUUUGGUGAUCAGCACAAACACUGGUCGCGUAUACAGACCAAAAGACUGUGAGACAUUGGUGCUAUAUUUAAAGGAUAUCAACCUUCCAAAACCUGACAAAUGGGGGACAAGCACCUUAGUUGCAUUUCUUCAACAGGUUUUAACGUAUCAUGGAUUUUAUGAUGAAAAUCUUGAAUGGGUUGGCCUAGAAAACAUUCAGGUUGUGGCCUCAAUGUCUGCUGGGGGCACUAUAGGAAGACAUAAGCUGACAACACGAUUCACAUCUGUGGUCCGUAUAUGUGCUGUUGACUAUCCAGAAAGGGACCAGUUGCAAACAAUUUGCAGCUCAUAUUUAGAACCUGUAUUGCAAAAAAAUCUAAAGAAUCAUCCAGUUUGGAGCUCUUCUUCAAAAAUUCACCAACUUGCAGGUUCCAUGGUUCAAGUCUAUGAACAGGUCCGAGCCAAGUUUUCAGUUGAUGAUCAUAGCCACUAUCUCUUCACACCUCGCAUUCUUACCCAGUGGGUCCUUGGACUUUUUAGAUAUGAUUUAGGUGGAGGAGUGUCUAAACAGUCUCAAGACUAUGUCCUGGAAAUCGUUGCAUACGAGGCCCGGCGUCUGUUCAGGGACAGAAUUGUGUCGCCAAAGGAACUAAAUGUUUUUGACAACAUUUUAUCAUCUGUUUUGCAAGGAGAUUGGGGUUCAGAUGUUUUGGAUAACAUGACAGAUUUCUUUUAUGUAACAUGGGGAGCAGUGCAUGAGGCAGGAGCCCUUCUAGCCCCAGGACAGUCAUUACCGCCUCAUGGAAAACCACUUGGAAGAUUGAACUCUACUGAUCUGAAAGAUGUUAUUAAAAAGGGUUCCAUUCAGUAUAGUCGUGAUAACAGAGAGCUGGAGAUACUACUGUUUCAUGAAGUAUUGGAGUAUGUGUCCAGAGUAGACAGAGUACUCAGUUUUCCUGGAGGCUCUCUUCUGUUGGCUGGAAGAAGUGGCGUUGGACGUAGAACAAUCACUUCUUUGGUCAGCUACAUGCAUGGAGCUGUGCUUUUUACUCCCAAAAUUUCUAGAGGCUAUGAACUUAAACAGUUCAAAAAUGACCUAAAACAGGUCAUGCAGAUGGCUGGCAUUGAUGGACAGCAAGUGGUGUUACUUCUUGAAGACUAUCAGUUUGUGCAACCAACAUUUUUAGAAAUGAUCAAUAGCCUUCUGUCGUCUGGUGAAAUUCCUGGGUUAUAUACUAUAGAAGAGUUGGAACCUCUAUUGUCUCCAUUGAAAGACCAGGCAUCUGAGGAUGGAUUUACAGGACCACUUUUGGGGUAUUUUACCUCCAGGGUGUUGCAGAAUUUGCAUGUUGUCCUUAUUAUGGAUUGCACCAACACAAAUUUUACCAUAAACUGCGAGAGUAACCCUGCGUUCUAUAAACAGUGCUCUGUGCAGUGGAUGGAGGGAUGGUCCGACAGAAGUAUGAAAAAGAUACCUCAAAUGUUAUUUUCAAGUGAAUCUGAAGAAGAAAAGCUUCACACACAUACAGAAUAUAAAAAGUUAUCAGCAGGUGAAGUUGAAUUCUUCAACUCCUUUUUGGUGAUCCAUGAGUCGUGCAAAGCAUACGGUGCAACUCCAAGUCGCUACAUGAAUUUCCUUCGAAUAUAUGGUUCACUCUUUAGCAGCAAGAAAGUAGAAUUGACAAAGAGACAAAAUCAUUUACAGGCUGGAGUAUCAAAGCUUAAUGAAGCCAAGUCUCUUGUAGACGAGUUGAAAAGAAAAGCAGGAGAACAAAGCCUUUUAUUGAAAACUAAACAAACCGAAGCUGAUUCUGCUCUACAAGAGAUUACUUUCUCAAUGCAGAAUGCUAGUGACCAGAAAACUGAAAUGGAAAAAAUAAAACAUAAAAUUGCAGAAGAGGUUCGAAAGAUUGAAGAAAGAAAACUGAAAAUUGAUGAUGAACUAAAGGAAGUCCAGCCACUAGUUGAUGAAGCAAAACAGGCAGUUGGAAACAUUAGACCUGAAUCGUUGUCGGAAAUACGAUCUCUACGCAUGCCUCCGGAUGUGAUCAGAGAUAUACUUGAAGGUGUUCUGAGGCUUAUGGGUAUUUUUGAUACCUCAUGGGUCAGCAUGAAAAGCUUUCUUGCUAAGAGAGGUGUGAGAGAAGAGAUUGUAACUUUUGAUGUAAGAAAUAUUACAAAUGAAAUACGAUCAAGUGUGGAAGAGCUUCUUGAAAGGAACAACACAUCUUUUGAUGCAAAGAAUGCUAAAAGAGCCAGUGCUGCUGCUGCCCCCUUGGCUGCCUGGGUCAAGGCAAAUGUCCAAUAUUCCCAUGUACUGGAAAAAAUUCAGCCUCUUGAGAAAGAGCAGGUUGCACUUGAGUCAAAUUUAAGAAAAACUGAAGAAAAAAAGAAAAAACUUGAAGAUCAGCUUAAUUCAGUUGGAAAAAGGGUGGCAGAACUGAAAGAAAAGUUUCAGACCAGAACAACUGAAGCGGCUAAACUUGAAGCAGAAUUAACUAAAGCCCAAGAAAUAAUUGAAUCAGCGGAAUUACUGAUUAAUCAGUUAGAUGGAGAGCACAAGAGAUGGAAUACACAGGUGAUGGAAAUAACUGAAGAGCUAAACAGUUUGCCAAAGAGAGCACAGCUUGCUGCUGGUUUUAUCACCUAUAUAUCUUCUGCUCCGGAAGAUCAAAGGAAAGACAGCACAGAACAGUGGAUGAAAUCAGUUGGCCUGGAAACAUUUGAUUUAAGACGGUUCCUGUCUACUGAGAGUGAGCAGCUCAUUUGGAAAAGUGAAGGAUUACCAUCAGAUGAGCUUUCAAUUGAAAAUGCACUUGUCAUUUUGCAGAGUCAAGUAUGUCCUUUUUUGAUUGAUCCAUCUUCACAAGCUACUGAAUGGUUAAAGACUCACUUGAAGGAUUCUCGUUUAGAAGUUAUUAAUCAACAGGAUGCAAACUUCAUUACUGCUGUGGAGCUGGCAGUUCGCUUUGGCAAGACACUUAUUAUCCAAGAGAUGGAUGGAGUCGAGCCUGUACUUUAUCCAUUGCUUAGAAAAGAUCUUAUUGCUCAGGGACCACGUUACGUUGUUCAAAUUGGUGACAAAACCAUUGACUAUAAUCAAGAUUUUCGUCUGUUUCUUGCAACCCGUAAUCCUAAUCCUUUCAUACCACCUGAUGCUGCUUCAAUUGUUACAGAGGUUAAUUUUACUACCACACGAGCAGGAUUAAGAGGGCAGCUUUUAGCAUUAACUAUUCAGCACGAGAAACCAGACCUUGAAGAACAGAAAACAAAAUUACUACAGCAAGAAGAAGAUAAGAAGAUUCAACUUGCAAGACUUGAAGAAUCUCUUCUUGAGACCCUUGCAACUUCUAAAGGGAAUAUUCUGGAUAACAAAGAUCUAAUUGAGUCAUUAAAUCAGACUAAAGCAAGUAGUGCACUUAUUCAGGAGUCACUAGUUGAGUCUCACAGACUUCAGAUAUCCCUUGAUCAGGAGCGUUAUGCAUAUCUUCCUCUAGCAGAAAGUGGCAGCAAGAUGUACUUCAUUAUCUGUGACUUAUCCAAAAUUAAUAACAUGUACCGCUUUAGUCUGGCUGCAUUCCUUAGACUCUUCCAGAGAACUUUGCUUAGCAAACAGGAAUCCGAAUCUACUGAAGUGAGAAUCAAGGCAUUAAUACACUCUCUGAAGCACAUGGUUUAUGAAUAUGUUUGUCGAUCAUUAUUCAAGGCUGAUCAGCUAAUGUUCGCCCUACAUUUUGUUCGUGGAAUGCAUCCUGACCUUUUUCAAGAGAAUGAGUGGGAUGUUUUUACAGGGGUGAUAAUUGGAGACGUAUUCAAGAAAUCUGAUUCCCAGAAAAACAUUAGAGAUCAGAUUCCAUCCUGGAUUGAACAGGAAAGAUCUUGGGCAUUAGCUUUAUUAAAGACUUCUCUACCAGCAUUUUAUCAGACGUUGAACCUUGAUGAUUCUAAUUUGUGGAAUCAUUUUUCACAAAGUUCUAUUUGUGAACAAGAAAUCCCUGCAGUUAUAGCCAGGAAAAUGUCAUCUUUUCAGCAGGUGUUACUUGUUCAAGCAAUUAGACCAGACAGGCUUCAAAGUGCAAUGGCUCUCUUUGUAUGCCAAAAUCUUGGUCUCAGAGACUUAUCACCUCCGCCGCUGAAUCUGAAACGCCUUAGUAGAGAAACAUUGGCGAUAGAGCCCAUACUGAUUAUUAUAUCUCCUGGAGCUGAUCCAUCUCAGGAGCUACAGGAACUCGCCAGUGCAGAAAUUGGCAGAGAACUUUAUCAUGAAGUAGCGAUGGGUCAAGGUCAAGCCGAUCUUGCUAUACAGACACUACGGGAAUGUGCUCGGGAAGGAGAAUGGCUUUGCUUAAAGAAUAUGCAUCUUGUCAUUUCUUGGCUACCAGUCUUGGAAAAGGAAUUGAACACUCUUCAGCCAAAAUCUAAUUUCCGGCUUUGGCUUACUGCAGAGGUCCAUCCAAAAUUUACUCCAAUCUUGCUGCAGUCAAGUUUAAAGAUAACAUAUGAGGCACCACCUGGUUUAAAGAAAAACUUGUUAAGAACAUAUGAAUCUUGGACACCAGAGCUGAUAAGCAAAAAUGGCCUUGCAAAUCGGGCACAAGCUUUAUUUAGUUUGGCAUGGUUUCAUGCUGUGUGCCAAGAAAGAAGAAAUUUUAUCCCUCAAGGAUGGACAAAAUUUUAUGAAUUUUCUUUGUCAGACUUGCGUGCAGCAUAUGAUAUUAUUGACCGACUCUUUGAAGGUGGCAAAGGAUUUCAGUGGGAGUUUGUGCAUGGCCUUUUGGAAAACGCAAUCUAUGGAGGACGGUUGGAUAACUACUUUGACUUAAGAGUUCUGCGUUCUUACUUGGAGCAGUUCUUUAAUUCCCACAUAACUGGAAAAUCUCAUAUGAGCAAGUCUCCCUUCCCUUUGUCAAUAUCUCUGCCAAAUAGCUGCAACAUUAUGGAUUAUCGCAGUGUCAUUGAAAGCCUUCCGGAAGAUGACAGACCAGAUUUCUUUGGCCUUCCUGCUAACAUUGCACGUUCCUCUCAACGGAUGAUAAGUUCACAGGUUAUUUCACAGCUGCGAAUUCUAAGCAGAUCAGUAACUCCUGGUUCCAAAUUUGAUAGAGAAUUGUGGUCUAAUGAGUUAUCACCAGUUCUUAAUUUAUGGAAGAAACUAAAUCAGAAUUCCAAUUUGAUUCAUCAGAAAGUGGCUCCUCCCACAGAACGACAUGGCUCACCCAUCUUGUCAUUCAUAAUUCUGGAACAGUUUAAUUCUAUCCGCCUACUGCAAAGUAUACAUCAGUCUUUGGCAGCUCUCAGUAAAGUCAUCAGAGGAACCUCACUGCUGACUUCUGAUGUGCAGAAGCUCGCUAAUGCAUUAUUAGAACAGAAGUGCCCUCUUGCCUGGCAAAACAAGUGGGAAGGUCCAGAAGAUCCUUUGCAAUAUCUUCGAGGUCUUGUAACUCGAGCAGUUGCCCUUCAGAACUGGGUAGAAAAAGCAGAGAAACAGACACUUCUGUCGGAUACACUUGAUUUGUCCGAACUCUUCCAUCCAGAUACUUUUCUCAAUGCUUUACGUCAAGAGACUGCAAGAGCAAUGAACUGUUCAAUGGAUAACCUCAGAUUUGUGGCGUCCUGGAAGGGGCGACUUCAGGAGGCAAAACUUCAAGUCAAGAUCAGCGGCCUGCGACUUGAAGGUUGUAGCUUUGAUGGAAUCCGUUUAUCUGAAAAUCAGCACGAUUCUCCAAGCGUGUCAAUGGUACCGCCUUGCUAUAUGGCCUGGAUCCCACAGCAAUCAGGUGGCACAUAUUCCCCAGGUGAAUGCAUUUCGUUACCAGUGUAUACCAGUGCAGAGAGGGAUCGUGUAGUCACCAAUAUUGAUGUGCCCUGCGGUGAAAAUCAGAACCGGUGGAUUCAGUGUGGAGCGGCAUUGUUCCUAAAAACCCAAUAGUUAAAUAUUAUUUUGUAUAAUGUUAUUAUUGUAGAGAUACAAGUACUAUAUGUAAAGGUAUGACUUACUGUAAUUUGCAUUCUUAUUAUUUAUUUUGAAUUCAUUGCAAUUUGUAUGGUGUCUCUUUGGAACAAAUAAAAUAACUUUUUAUGACUUA